GCAGUAGCCUGGCAAAGAGGCUGCUCGGGGAUCUCUCCCAGCGCCCGCCUCAAACCUCGCCCUCUCCGCUUGCAUCCAGGUGCGAGUGGCGCCACUUAGCCGCCAUCGGGGCGGAGGGAAAGUGGCGUUUCCGGGUGCCCCUCCGCAAGACGCCCCGCGGGCCGGAGAGGCGAAAUGAGCGGCUCCGAGGAAGAGAAGCAGCUGGAGCUCCUCAGCAGCCUGAAAGAACAAGCUAUUGGUGAAUAUGAAGAUUUAAGAAAAGAAAAUAAGAAAACAAAAGAAGAGUGUGACAAAUUCAAGCAAGAAAGAGAUGAAGUGGUCAAACAGCUGCAAGAACUGCAUAAAGUUUCUCAUAUGGUUAUUGAAGAAGUCAGCUGUAUACAAAACCACCUAGAGAUUGAAAAGACAUGUCGUGAAAGUGCAGAAGCUUUGGCUACUAAGCUGAGCAAAGAGAACAAGACGCUGAAAAGAAUCAGCAUGUUGUAUAUGGCAAAAUUGGGGCCAGACAUCAUUACUGAAGAAAUUAACAUUGAUGAUGGAGAAUCUUGUACGGACACAGAAGUUAGCCCUGGAGCCUGUGACUCAGUGGAGUGCCAGCAGGUAAUAAAAGAUCUGCGAGAUCAAAUUAUCUCACUUCAAGAGGAGAAGAAGACUGCUGUCAUCGAACUGGAAAACCUGAAGAGCACAUUUGUAGAAGGAAUAGCAGAAAUAAAUAAACUAAAGGAACAAAAUGCAGUCCUAGCAUCGGAAGUUCACAACCAUCACAAGUUGUUGGAAAAAUGUAAUCGAAUGUCUGUACUAGCAGUAGACGAGUAUGAAGAACUCCAAGACAACUUUGAGCUGGAAAAAAACCUACGGAAGAGGGCAGAAAACUUUGCACAAGAGAUGUUUAUUGAACAAAAUAAGUUGAAACGGCAAAGUCAGUUGCUGCAACAAAACUCAACCCCUGAUGAGCAGCUUUCAAAAGCUCUAGAUGAAAAUGCCAAACUGACUCAAACACUGGAGGAAGAGAGAUUGCAACACCAGCAGAAGAUUAAAGAAUUGGAAGAACAAUUAUGUAAUGAAGUUUUGCACAAGGAAAUCAAGUCCCUUAAACAACAACUAGAACUUCUAGAAGAAGAAAAAAAAGAAUUAGAGGAAAAGUGUCAGAGUGCUGAAGAACAAAUUAAAAACUUAAAGCAUUUAGUUGAUGAGCUUGAAAAACGAGUACAUCGGUCAGAAAAUCCAGUACCACCUCCACCUCCACCCCUCCCACCUCCACUUCCUCCUCCUCCUAAUCCAAUAAAGUCGCUAAUGUCAAUGAUUCGUAAGAAGUCUCAUCCAAACAGCAACUUGACCAAAAAAGAAAAGACCUCCUCUCAGCAACAAUCAGGAACAGGAGAAGUAACGGAUCUGAAGAGACAAGCUGUGGAAGAAAUGAUGGAUAGAAUUAAAAAAGGAGUUCAUCUUAGACCUGUUAAUCAAACCAACCGUUUUAGGGCAAAGCCAGAGGUGGCCAAACCCAGCGAGAGUGCAGUGAAAGAACUAAAAGGAAUACUGGAGACUUUGAGUACAUCUGCAAGUUCCAGAAGUUUAAAAUCCCUGGAUACAUACGGUAAUGAAACAGAAUUAGAAAGAAUUCUGAGGCUCAGAAAAGUGACAACUGAUCAAGAUAGUAGCAAUCCAACUGGAACUUUGGCUACAUCUGAAUCUAAAUCUAUGCCAGUUUUGGGUUCCAUUGAAACAGAAUCGGAAUUUACUAAAAAAUAUUUAGCAGCAAACUUCAGUUCCAAAUCUUCAGGGCUGGACGAAGAGACUCAUAAAAUGGUCAAAAGCACAAGUUCUGCAGUUGUCACUCAGUCAUCCAGCAAUGCAGGAUUUAAAAACAAGAUUGUUGACGCAGACAAGCAAGCUGAAUUCAUGGUACUAUUCAAUCCAGAGAAAAUCAAAGAACAAAUGCCUAAAGUUAUGGAUCAAGGCAAGAUAACUGAAAACAAGGGUCAACAGCUUCAUAAAGACACUAGUACUGAGAAAACAAAAGAGAGCGACAGCUCUCUCUGUUAAUUGAUGUGCUGAAAGGCAUUGACUAUUUCUGGAACUCUGUUUUCAAUGAUUGUCAGUUGUUUUGUUUAUGAAUAUGGGAAAGGGCUAUAUUUUUUACUCAUAAUGUGUUUAUAUCGAAUCCAAAGUCUUUACACCUCUUUCCCCUGUUUUUUCUUCUAAAUUAUUAUAUGGUGUUCACUUACUAGAUUAUGCAAAAUGUUAAGAUUUAUUUGAAUAAUAUUAUUUUAUAUAAGUACUUUGUUUAUAGUUUGACCAAAAAGCCUGCUAAUUUAAUUUAAUAUAAUUUAAAUAAAUAAAACAAGCCUUAAUUAAGAAAUACAUGACAUGCUCUUAUAUGACUGACAGCCAGAAAUCAUUUUUUAGUUAAUAGAAGAUACAAUUUUUCAGAGCCAUUCUUUAAAAUCUUAUUAAAACUUGUGGCCUGCCACUACAAAGUAAAAAUGAUAAUUGUGUAAUCUGGAAUAGUAAUGGUAAUAGAUUCUACUGAAGUUGAAGGAAUUUUUGAGUAAACAAUAUUUUAACUGCAUAAAAGUUAAAAUAAAUACCCUCUGCCUGGCACAGUUUUCCAGGAAAAUAAUGGCCAUUGGAAUUUGUAUCUUAUUGUUAUGGUUGGUCACACAGUCAUUCAGAUGUUUAGAGUGGAUUUGGCAUUUUUGUUCACCUAGUGAAUUCUUCCCAAGGACCUGGAAUAGAAGAUAUUGUUUAAUAAUAUUAAGGGUAUAUUAUUAUAUACACAACAAUGUGGAAUCAGUAUCAGGUCUUUAUUAUUAUAAAUAUAAUAACAUAGUAUAUUAAAUUAUUAUUGUUCGUUGCACAGCCCACCAGAUGUUUAGAUUGGAUUUGGCAUUUUUACCUAUGUAUCGAGUCCUUCUCAAGGACCUGGGAUAGGGAGCUGUUAUUUGAUGGUGUUAAAGAUAUUGUUGUAGGAUGUAAGCUGUUCCGAGUGAAGUUGCCUUUUAACCGAUGGUGAUUUUGUUAAUGCCAGUGGUGUUCAAAUGAUGUUCCAGUUGUUUUGAGAUUGCACCCAAAAAGCAUUACUGUUGGUACUACCAUUGCUUUCUUGGGCUGCAGAUGUUUUAUUUUCAGGUAUUUCUAUUUUGUUAUCUUCUCCCAGUUAUUUCUCUUCUAUUCUACAUGUCUGCAAGUACUGCCACAUCCACUAUCCAGACUAUUUUGUUUUUAUUAUUUAUUUUAUUUAUUUAUUUUAUUUGAUUUCUAUACCGCCCUAUUCCCGAAGGACUCAGGGCGGUGCACAGCCAAACAAUAAAACACAUACAUACAAAAUUUAAAAGUAGGAUAAAAUCAAAUUAAAUAAUUUUGGCCCUGACAAAUUUAAAACCCCAAACUUUUAAAACCAAUUUAAAAUUGAAUGUAUAAAAUACUAAAAGAUAUUUAAAAAUUAAAAAUCUUUUAUAAAAGAGGGAGAAAAUUAGGCCAGGCCCGCCUGGUGAAAUAGUAAGGUCUUUAAAGCGCAGCGGAAGGUGCGCAGAUCCGGGAUCCUCCGUAUCUCUGGGGGGAGCUCGUUCCAGAUAGUAGGUGCCCCCACAGAGAAGGCUCUCCCCCUGGGGGCCGCCAGUCGGCAUUGUUUGGCUGACGGCACCCGGAGGAGCCCCUCUCUAUGGGAGCGUACCGGCUGGUGGGAGGCUAUUGGUGGUAGUAGGCGGUCCCACAAGUACCCAGGUCCUAAGCCAUCAACAGUUAUCAACAGUUAUUAAAUUUGGAGUGUGAUUAUUAUUAACUUUUUCCUCUGAAAGCAAUAGUAGUAGAUGAGUAGUCAGUUCGAAAACAAUCCUAUUUUUUUUUACCAGUUUGGGGCAGAGGGUUUAUAUUAGAUUUUUUAAAAUUAGAUUAUGAUUAUGAUUCCACCUUUAUUACUUUGUAAAUAAAGCAGUGAACAUACAUAACGCUUCUUCUUCCUCGUAUUUUCACCACAACAUAAAUCUCAUUAGGUGUGUUGGGCUGAGAGAGAAUGAUUGACCCAAGGUGACCCAGCCAGUUUUUCAUGCCUAAGUAGGUGCCUUAGCAGCUACCUGCUUAGAAGCAGGUGUUCUAGCCUGGUGCCUUAAGCACUAGAUGAAACUGGCCCUUAUAACCUUUGUAUCUAAAGCUCUUCCUAAAUAUCCCCUACUUAACCACAUGAAGUCUUUUCUGGGAAGGCAUGCUAAUUGUUGGAUUUCCAAGCCAUGCAAAAAGGACUGUUCCAGAGCCCACCGAAUUAUUGCUAGCAUUUUAAUAAAUGCAUUGUGGCAUUUAGGAACAACAGUACUUUGAAGAAGAAACAUAUUUCUGUGAUCUUUAUAUAUAAAUAUGUUGUAACAGGGAGCCCAAUAAAGGAGACAUUAUCUUGUAUGAAAGACAGAAGAAAAUGCCAUGUCUAAGAAGUGCCUACUUUCUACCUGAAUUUUUACAUUAUGGCAUCUUUUACAUAACAAUAAUUAACAUAUCCAGUUAACUGGUUUACAGAAAUAGGUACGGACUUCAAUGAAUCCUCAUUCUAAACUGGUAUAGGAUUUCAGGCUAUAUAUUAUAGGCAGAAUGAAAUGGAAGCAUUUCAGAUCCAAAUACUGUGUAUCUCUAAAAUAGAUUAAGUAUGUGAGUACAAAACAAAAUAUGAGUCUUCUAUAGGAAACAACAGGAUGUGAUACAGGAAAAUGGCAGCAAAGGGACAGCAACUGAAUGUGGGGGUUGAAGGACAGCAUGAAAUCUUGAAUCAUAGUUUUAUAACUAUGAAUUAGGCUUUAUAUUAGCCCACUGGGAAAGAAUAAAUGGGAUGAGGUGAGGCACUUAAUCAAACUGGGAAACCUUUAGAGCUUUUUAUAUACAAGAUAGUCAUCUUCUAUAAUAGACUUCCGUUAAGAAUUUAGACUUAGUUUUUGAGUUACUCAAUCCUUAACUUUCACCAGAGAAGGCCUCUUCUAAGAAAAGCAGCAGGAAUCAUAGAACUACGCAAUUUAUAUGGCAUUUCAGAGUAGCUGAAAUAUUUCUCAUAUUAGAAAAAGUGGCUCUGAUUGCUCAUCUGGAAAAUGGCAUGAGGAAGGGAAUACAGUAUACAGUUUCUUGCACAUUUGUUUUCCCACCUUUUAUACAGUCUAGAGCAGAAAUGUCCAACCUUGGCAAUUUUAAGACCUGUGGACUUCAACUCUCAGAAUUCUCCAGCCAGUCAUGCUGGUUGAGGAACUCUGGGAUUUAAAGUCCACAAGUCUUAAAGCUGCCAGGAUUGGGUAUCCCUGCUUUAAACCUUAUAUCUAGUUGCAGAAAAAAAAAUGCUAUAAAUGCAUAUUUAAUAUCGGACUCUAUUCAUUAGUACUUUUUGGUUGGUAUUGAACUGAGGCUAAAAUCUAGGGGUUUUUAUACGAAUGCUAUGCUCCGUGGUGUUCAGCAAUUUUUUGCAAUCAGUAAAUAAACUUGUUUUGCAAUUUUGAGAUAACUUGAGAAAAUUACAUGGCAUUUAUUCCUUAUGUGUUUGUGGUUACUGUUUUUGACUAAACAGACUCCCGGUUAUGUCUUGUUGAUUUUGUCAAGUACUUCCCAGCAAUAUGAGAUGCUAUUUUAAAUGGCUUGCUUGGACAGUGAUGUUUGAUUUCAAUCCUUGUACAUGGCCAAAUACUGUUACUUGGGAUUGAAUUUAUAGUUAGAUAACACCAUCCUGUGUAGCUUUGUAUAUGUGUUGUAUGUUUGCAUAUGCAUAUGCGUGUAUGUAUGUGUGCCUUGCUCUGUUUCUACAAUAUAAUAUUAAAAUAUAUCAGUAAUACACCUCCACAUGAAUUUCUACUUAUAGUACUAUUUCAGGAUAUGAUAUGGAGGCUAUGGAAUAUGUAUUGGCCAAAUGAUGUUUACCUGGUCAUCAGCAAGCUCUCUGAGAACAGUCAAUCUUCUAGCUCAGGAGAUGCAUUAAAUAUGGCACCAUAUAGAAUGCAGUGAAUUCAGGAAAAAGACAAAAUAGCUGAUUUACUACAUUUGGUCAUCAUUAAUUUUUUAAAAGAAACAUCAAUAAAUAUGCAAUGGGCUACCUUGAGUACAAAUUUACAGUUUACUCAUGUUUCUAAACUAUACAUUUCCAAUAUAGGUGACAAUUGUGAUGAAACCUCAGCAGUUUGCAGUUUAAUAUUGGUUUGAGUGCACUGUUAUGAACUUUCUGAUAGGAAAUCACAAUUAGUAGUGAGGACUAAGAUUGAAUCUAAUUUAUUAGUUUGACUUGAUCAGUACGUGUUUAAUGCUUGUCUUAAAAAGUAAAUCAUAAAGUUAUGUAUAGACUUCCAUUUGGAAUUAAAUUCCAUGAAAAUCAGAUGGGCUUUUUCCUGAAUACAUUCUUCAGGAAAAAUGCAUAAUUCAUUGGAUGGCAUUAUUAAUGGGGUAGCUUUAAGUUUCCUUUCUUUUCCUUUUCCUUUUUUUUUUGUUGCAUCACUUGUUGUUUAUACCUUAUGAUUAACAAUUAUAACUAUGAUUUAUGACAUGUCACUUUGUUGUUUAUAUGUACAUUGAAAGCUUAUGCACCAGAGACAAAUUCCUUGUGUGUCCAAUCACACUUGACCAAUAAAGAAUUCUAUGAUUUGAAUGGUGAAUUAAUAAUUUGUAAAAGUGGAAAAAUGUUUUUCCUGAUUAUGCAUUUAUAUUAGUUUAAUUAUAUUGAAUUUGAUAUUAUUUCUAUAUUUUUGGAAUUAUCGAAAAUACGAACAUUUUAAAAAGGCACAUUUCUUCUUAAACUGUUAUAGUAUGAAAUUAAUUAUUCUUUGAUGCUGCUUAUUAAAAAUGCCCGGGUUAUUUCCCAAAUAUUGUGA